ACCUCACGCCAUCAUCGACGCACCUCUCACUUCAGCCCUUCCUUCCCUUAUCUCUCUCCCCCUCCUUCCCUUCCUGUCUUACGGGAGCUGCAAAAUGGUGUCUGCCGUCGUGCACACUGAUGACGAAGGCGUCGACAAUGGUCCGGUUGUCGAUUACAAUGGCAAUCCUGUCGACAAAUCCAAGACAGGGGGAUGGCUCGGUGCUGGUCUCAUCUUAGGGACGGAGCUGGCGGAGAGAGUCUGCGUGAUGGGCAUCUCGAUGAACUUGGUCACUUACCUGGUGGGAGAUCUGCAUCUGUCCACCUCGAGUUCAGCUAAUGUCGUCACAAACUUCAUGGGCGCUCUUAAUCUUCUAGCAUUGCUCGGAGGCUUCUUAGCUGAUGCUAAGCUCGGUCGUUACAUGACCGUCGCCAUCUUCGCCACCAUCACUGCUGCGGGUGUGAGCUUGUUGACGAUGGCCACAUCGCUUAGCAGCAUGAGGCCAUCCGCCUGCGACAGCGUGCGGGUGGCGCACCACGAGUGCGUCGCGGCCAGCGGCGACCAGCUCGCUAUGCUCUUCGUCUCACUCUACACGAUCGCUCUGGGAGCAGGCGGCAUCAAGGCCAACGUGUCGGGCUUCGGCUCCGACCAGUUCGACAACCGCGACCCCAGGGAAGAGAAGGCCAUGAUCUUCUUCUUCAACCGCUUCUACUUCUGCAUCAGCCUCGGCUCGCUGUUCGCGGUCACGGUGCUGGUGUACAUCCAGGACAACGUCGGCCGGGGGUGGGGGUACGGCAUAUCUGCCGCCACCAUGGUGGUCGCGGUGGUGGUGAUGCUGGUGGGCACGCCACGGUACCGGUUCAGGCGGCCGCAGGGCAGCCCAUUGACGGUGAUAGGGAGGGUGUUCUUGUCGGCGUGGCAGAAGAGGAAGCUGCCUCACCCGGCCGAUCCCAGCGAGCUCAACGAGUACCACGCGGCCAAGGUUGCGCACACCGAAUGGUUCAGGUGCCUCGACAAAGCCGCCAUUCAAGCGUGUAACACCAGCUCGAGCAAAGAAGGUGGAAAUGGCGGCGCCUGCGACGUCGGCGAGGCAGCCACCGUGACGGAAGUGGAAGAGGUGAAGAUGGUCCUGAAGCUGCUCCCGAUCUGGUCCACCUGCAUUCUCUUCUGGACCGUCUACUCCCAGAUGACCACCUUCUCCGUGGAGCAGGCCACGUACAUGAACCGCCACAUCGGCUCCUUCGUCUACCCCUCCGGCUCCCUCUCGUUCUUCCUCUUCAUCUCCAUCCUCCUCUUCACGUCCCUCAACGAGAAGCUCCUCGUCCCCCUCGCCCGCAGCUUCACCCGCAACGUGCAGGGGAUAACAAGCCUGCAACGAGCCGGCGUCGGCCUCGCUCUCUCCAUACUCGCCAUGGCCGUCUCCGCGGCGGUGGAGAAGAAGAGGAGAGACUCCUCGGUGCAUGACGACACCAAGAUAAGCGUGUUCUGGCUCGUCCCGCAGUUCUUCUUGGUGGGAGCCGGCGAGGCCUUCGCCUACGUGGGCCAGCUCGAGUUCUUCAUCAGGGAAGCCCCCGAGAGGAUGAAGUCGAUGAGCACCGGUCUCUUCCUGUCAACGCUGUCCAUGGGGUUCUUCUUCAGCAGCAUGCUUGUGUCUCUGGUCGACAAGGCCACCGAUGGGGGUUGGAUCAAGAACAACUUGGACAAGGGGAGGUUGGACUACUUCUACGCCAUGCUCGCGGUGCUGGGCGCCAUAAACUUCGGGGUUUUCUUGGUGUUCGCGAGUCGCCAUGAGUACAAGGUGCAGAGCUACGACGUGAGCAAGCAAGGCAAGGAGCUCGAGAGCUGGAAGGACGACGGCGUCGAUGAACAGAUAAAGGGAAUGGACGUGUAGGAGAAGGAUCGAGGAAUUUUCCUCCUUUAGUCCUUUUUUUUCUCUCUCUCUCUUAUCCAAGCUUCGAUUCCCUGCAUUUCCAAUGUAAGAGCAAUGGCGUGCAGAGGAUUCAGAAUCCAAGAACUCGUUCCUCAAUGGAAAUUAAUGUAAGAGAACAGUAUGUUUUAGAAUGGGUUGUUGAUGCCACGAUGGCCCAUUGGACCGUCUUGGAAGCCCAACUGUGACCCGUUUACCACUUGGGAAAUAGAAGGGUGCCGUCACACUUGGCCCAUUUAUAUCUUUAA